AUGCCUUGGGUACGGGACCGCCUCCUACGGAACCCACGUCCAUAUUACCCAAAAUCGUGGUUAUGGCCUGAAGAAUACGCAGCGACUCUUAUACAGAAAACUGUUCGUCAAUACUUUGUACAAAGGGAAGAGGAGGUACAAGAGAUGCGCGAUUUCUGGAGAAAAUUGGACAUGGAACCAAAUUUACCAGACAUGGACACAAAUCCAUUUUUGGCCAAGAAGUUUGCAUCAUUGCAGACCUUUCACAAAAAUUAA